AUGACUCCUUCUCCAGCUCUUCGAAGACUUGGUUCUUCGCUACGGGCUUCAAAUUCUUACUCGCAAAAAGUCCUCUCAGCAACAGUAUCUACUCCUUGGAGACCUGUCAUAUCCGCAUCCUUAUCCCCGGCCGACAUCCCCACCACCACAACCGCCUCACAAACACGAUGGAGCUCACACGCUCCUAUGGGACCGGUAUCGUCGCAACAGACACGCAAACCCAUAACAAUCUCAACUUUACGAAACAUGUACAAAAAGGAUGAACCCAUCGCCAUGCUCACCGCCCAUGAUUUCCCCUCUGCAUUCGUCGCCGAUAGCGCCGGCAUGGAUAUGGUUCUUGUCGGAGAUAGUCUUGCAAUGGUCGCUUUGGGAAUGAACGAUACGAAUGCCGUCACUCUUGAUGAUAUGGUGUUGCAUUGUCGCAGCGUCACAAGAGCGGUCAGAUCAGCGUUUGUGGUCGGCGAUCUACCAAUGGGAUCAUACGAGGUAUCUCCACAACAAGCAGUCCAGUCGUCAAUCCGACUGGUCAAAGAAGCUCACGUCCAAGCGGUCAAACUCGAAGGAGGUGUAGAUUUUGCUUCCACCAUACAAGCGGUCACGACUGCCGGCAUCCCCGUUGUCGCACACAUUGGCUUGACGCCUCAACGGCAGAAUGCGCUUGGCGGGUUUCGUGCGCAGGGGAAGUCUGUUGCAGGCGCAUUGAAGUUGCUGGAAGAUGCAUAUGCGGUGCAGGAAGCGGGCGCGUUCAUGGUCGUGCUGGAAGCCAUCCCGGCCGAGAUUGCAGCCAUCAUUACCAAGAAAUUGCGGAUCCCCACUAUUGGCAUCGGAGCAGGUGAUGGCUGUUCCGGACAGGUUCUUGUGCAGAUCGAUAUGACGGGCAAUUUCCCAUCGGGUCGUCAUUUACCGAAAUUCGUGAAAAAAUACGCCAAUGUCUGGGAAGAAUCCAAAAGGGGCAUUGAGCAGUACCGGGCCGAAGUGAAGAAUAGAUCAUAUCCUGCAAAGGAACAUACAUAUGCUAUUGACGAAGAGCACGUUGCUGAGUUUCAGAGGCUUGUUGAUGAACAGUCCAAAAGCUAG